UACCAUAAAAAUUCCUUUCAGGACAUGAUAAAAUUGAACUGUAACAAACAUUAUUAUCAAUACGAAUUAAGGAAAACCGAGCCGGUCAGUCAGUGCGGAUGAAAUCAUAGCCCCUUUAUAUAGCUAAUGCUGGGACGAGGUAAAUAGCUCAGUGUGACACUUGGAGUGCUGUGGAAUAUACUUACUGGUGAUUUACUUGGAUUUACUUGAAAACUGACACCAUCACCAGCAGUAUGCCGUCACUAUCGCUGAAGAUAGUGCAGGACGGAGGAGCAGUCACUAGGAAGGUGAAGUUCGACUCGCGCAUGACCGUGCAAGAUGCUCACAAGCUGGUCAAGGAGAAGGUCAUUGUGCCUGAUAAGGGGAAAGAGUACGGGCUGUUCCUUCGCUCAGCUGACAGCUCACUGUCGGGGGUCUGGCUGGAAGAAGACCGCACCCUGGACAACUAUAUGCUGCGGGAUGGCGACUCGCUGGAUUACAUCUGCCGGAUGAGGAACCUCAGGGUGCGGCUGUUGGAUGAUACGGUGAAGACGCUGCAGGUGGACGAAGCGAAAACAGUAGCCGAGCUGAUGAUGGAGAUCUGCGCGCGCAUCGGCAUCAAGAACUAUGAUGAAUACGGACUGUGCCACGAAGAAGUGGAGGAGGUGGAAGACGCGAAGGAGAAAGCAGGCACGCUGAAGCGGCCCAAGGACAGAGACGUCGCGCUCGAGCAGCUCAGCAGGAAGCUUAAUACUGAUGAUAAUGUGGCCUGGCUAGACCAGCACCGAACUCUCCGGGAGCAAGGCGUGGACAGCAAAGAUACCCUACUGUUGAAGCGGCGGCUGUUCUACUCGGACCGUAACGUGGACUCGCGGGACCCGGUGCAGCUGAACCUACUGUAUGUGCAGACCAGGGACGCUAUACUGGUCGGCAGGCAUCCUGUUACUGAGCAGCAAGCGGUUCAGUUCGCGGGCAUCCAGUGUCAAGUGCAGUUGGGUGACUAUCAGGAAGGAAAACAUAAGCCUGGAUUCAUUGAGAACCUGGAAGAAUACCUACCAGCCCAAUACUCUAACGCGUGGAACAUAGAGAAGAAGAUCUACAAGGAGUUCGCGCUGCACCAGGGCAAGACUCCGCUGGAGGCCAAGUUCCUCUACAUCAAGACUGCACGGGCCAUGCCUACUUAUGGAGUCACCUUCUUCUUGGUUAAGGAGAAACAAAAAGACAAGAAGAAGCUAGUCCCCCGCCUUCUCGGCAUCAAUGCUGAAGCCAUCCUGCGUCUCGACGAGGUCACCAAGGAGAUCCUGCAGCAGUGGCCGCUGACUCACGUCAAGACCUACCAUGCUGGGAAGUCGCAGACUUUCACGCUUAACUUCGGGGAUUACAGUGACAAGGAGUACAGCGUGAAGACGCAGCACUGCCACCGCAUCCGCGACAUCCUGGAGGGCUACAUCGACAUCAUCCGGCGCCGCAUGCUGGCGCCGCCCGCGCACCACGUCGGCACGAGCAUGGCAGUGUUACACGAUAACGUGCAAAUGGGCAAGAGUAACAUAAUAGAGCUGGUGUCGAACAACCCCAGCAAGAUCGUGACGGAGUCCUUCGUGGGACCCAACAAGAUUAUGCCUUUCGAUCAAGGCUCGGCCGCGCACUCGGGCGCUCAGCUGACGACGAUACAGCAGAUAGUUGUGACAGACCAUCUCAAGAACCAACAGUAUGCUAUUAAGGGUGAGUUCCCAAUGCGUGGUGACAUGUCCCCCGAGUGCGUCGCGGCGCUCAACAAGAUGAACUCUAGCUCUGUCAAGAUCGUCGGACUGCUCACAGAUCCUACUGAUUCCAAUGUGAAGGAAGCGCAAAAGAUCGUUCAAAUCAUGCACGAAGAACUACCGGUUGUAGAGAAAGGUAUAAAAGAGACGGCAGAAAAACAGACAGUCGAUGAGAUGCAGAAGAAGAUGCUGGACGACCUUCAGGACCUGAACAGCUACCUCAACAAGCUGUCAGACACCUGCAAGCCUGAAUUAUUGCAUUCGGGCGAGGCGAAGAAUGCAGCAGAGAACAUCGCCGACGUGACGACCCAGAUGUUCCUCUCCAUCGAUCCCAAGAGUAGGAGACGAAGCGAACUGCUCAGGCGUUCCCGGCGCCGCAUCAAGGCGGGCGAGGUGCGCGAGAACACGGUGCGGCGCGAGUCCUUCGUGGCCGCCGCCACCACCGCGCUGCAUGCCGUCGACACUGCUGCAGCACUGCUCAAGGAGGAUUACACUGGAGCUCAAAUAGACGAGGCUCAGCGGCACAAGCUGGAGCGUGCUCUGGAAGACAGGAUGGGCAAGCUGAACGCCGCCAUCGCACUCUACCUCACCGCGCACUCGGACCCUGAGAACAUUGACUACGCUGCCGCUAUCAACUCAAUGAAUGCUAUCAACGAGCUGAUGCCUAAGUUGGCGAGAGACGCUCAGAUGCUGGCCAGCACCAAAGACCCAGCAGCUUCCAAGGAGUUGUUGGACGAGAUGCAGGCACUCUUCGACGCCACCAAGAAGGUCUGCGGCAUGACUGGCACUGGGGAUCAUGAGAAAAUCCAAGAAGCGUCGAACACGUAUGCUGAUGUAGCCGGCAAACUCAUCUUUACGUUCGCGCGAGGAACCAACUCUGAUAGGGAGAAAGAGAUUAUCCAGCUAGCCAAGGAAGCCGGCGCCAAGACCUCGAAGCUGCUGGUAUCAGCCAACGAGCUGACCUGCCAGGAGCAGUCGGACGCCACCUCCGCAGUGGACCGCGCUGGUGUUCGCACUGCCGCCGCCGCCAGGGACCUGCUGGCGUGUGCUCAGUUAACAGCCCCAGCAAUCCACGAGCCUCACUGCCAGAGUGCAUUAACUGCCGCAGCCGAGGGUCUGAGCUCCAGCCUGCACAGCAUGGAGACAGCAUGGAAGCCGCUACUCGAAGACCCUACUAGGCAGCACAUGAGUGAAACUCUGCAUCAUCAGGCCAUGGAUGUUAACCAGGCCUUGGAGAGGCUUAGAGAUGCUUAUAGCAAUGUUGAAGGUGCUUCUGAAGAUUUGCUACCGCCACAAGAGAGAAAGCGCCUUCAGUUCAUCGCUACCAUGGCUGGAGCCAAGAGUAAACUGGAAAGAGUGGAAGAUGGAUGGGAUAAGUCAGCAAGCAUCACUCCUUCUGAACACGAGAAGCAAGAAGCGGAGCGGCGGCUGGCACACAGCAUGGCGCAGCUCAACGCCGCCGUCGCAGCACUCGCUGCCGCCACCGCUGAUCGUGAGAACCCUGACUACGCCACCGCUGAGCUAGCUAUGUCUACCAUUUCCGAGCUGAUGCCGCAAAUUGUUAAAGACUCGGAGGUAGUAAGCAGCGACAAAGACGAGGCGACUCGCGCCGCCAUGCGCAAGCACAUACACGCGCUGUGUGACGCCACGCGUGAGAUGUGUGACGGCGAUGGAUAUCCACAUGGUGAGAGCGAGGCUACGUCUAAGUUUGCCGCAGCCACCGGCAAACUGGUGUUCCUCAUCAGUCCCGUCGCUGAUAAGGGCAAGCAAAAACAUGUGCUGCAACUAUCAAGUACAGCUCAGCAGCAAGCAUCGCAGCUGACACAGCAAGCUCGGCAGUUGGUGCCUCACGAGCACCCCGCGGCGGCCGAGCUGUGCCAGCGAGCCGACCGCGCCGACGAUGCCGCGCGAGCACUGCAUGCUGUCGCACAGGUAUAUACAGCGAGGCAGCAAGCGUCGCAGCUGACGCAGCAAGCUCGGCAGCUGGUGCCUCACGAACACCCCGCGGCGGCCGAGCUGUGCCAGCGAGCCGACCGCGCCGACGAUGCCGCGCGAGCACUGCAUGCUGUCGCACAGGUAUAUACAGCGAGGCAGCAAGCGUCGCAGCUGACGCAGCAAGCUCGGCAGCUGGUGCCUCACGAACACCCCGCGGCGGCCGAGCUGUGCCAGCGAGCCGACCGCGCCGACGAUGCCGCGCGAGCACUGCAUGCUGUCGCACAGGUAUAUACAGCGAGGCAGCAAGCGUCGCAGCUGACGCAGCAAGCUCGGCAGCUGGUGCCUCACGAACACCCCGCGGCGGCCGAGCUGUGCCAGCGAGCCGACCGCGCCGACGAUGCCGCGCGAGCACUGCAUGCUGUCGCACAGGUAUAUACAGCGAGGCAGCAAGCGUCGCAGCUGACGCAGCAAGCUCGGCAGCUGGUGCCUCACGAACACCCCGCGGCGGCCGAGCUGUGCCAGCGAGCCGACCGCGCCGACGAUGCCGCGCGAGCACUGCAUGCUGUCGCACAGGUAUAUACAGCGAGGCAGCAAGCGUCGCAGCUGACGCAGCAAGCUCGGCAGCUGGUGCCUCACGAACACCCCGCGGCGGCCGAGCUGUGCCAGCGAGCCGACCGCGCCGACGAUGCCGCGCGAGCACUGCAUGCUGUCGCACAGGUGACAAGUGCCAGCAUAGACUCCCCUCGCUGCCAAGACACUCUCAACUCCGCCGUCUCCCGUCUACACGACAGCUCGACACACCUCGUGUCCACCUGCAGAGACACGUCAGCUGACUGUAGUGGUGUUGAAGACACGCAGCAACAGCUUGAGGAUAGCUUGCAGCAGUUGGCGUACAUCUGCAACAUGGGACCUGCAGACACGACGACUAGUGAGGGUUCUGAAGAGAAGGAGAAGCGUCGUCUGCAGUUCAUCAACAGCAUGCCUGCCGCCAAACGACGCCUGGACGCCGCUGCGCAACAACUUACUAAGCCCAUGCUAUGUCAGAUGAUGACACAGGAGUACGCAGUGCAGCUAGAAGACCAGCUGGCUGACAAGCUGGCGCAGCUCAACGCGGCAGUCGCUGCACUCGUCGCUGCUACUGCAGGUCAGUGUGUUCCCUUCUACAGCCCAUGCUGUGUCAGAUGAUGACACAAGAGUACGCAGUGCAGCUAGAAGACCAGCUGGCUGACAAGCUGGCGCAGCUCAACGCGGCAGUCGCUGCACUCGUCGCUGCUACUG